AUGGGUGAGUGGACCAUCCUGGAGAGGCUCCUGGAGGCAGCUGUGCAGCAGCACUCGACCAUGAUCGGCAGGAUUCUCCUCACAGUGGUUGUGAUCUUCCGAAUUCUAAUCGUGGCAAUUGUCGGGGAGACGGUUUAUGAGGAUGAGCAGACCAUGUUCAUGUGCAAUACUCUUCAGCCAGGCUGUAACCAGGCCUGCUACGAUAAAGCUUUUCCCAUCUCCCACAUUAGGUACUGGGUCUUUCAGAUCAUUCUGGUGUGCACACCAAGCCUUUGCUUUAUCACGUAUUCGGUCCACCAAUCGUCAAAACAGAAGGACAAACGUUUCUCCAUGCUCUGUCCUCUUCUGGACAGGGAGUUCACCAAAGCCUCCACAGACCGUAAAGAGGACAAGAAGUCAAAAGGCAGUCUCACCAACGGGAUUAUGGGGCAGAACAUGGAGGGAGCUAGAAAGGCAGUGGAAUCAGAUUAUUUGGAGAACAAGAAAAUGCUUAACACAUCAGGAUGGAUCAGUAGCAAAAGCAUGAAAGUUCAGCAGCAAGAGGGAAUAUCAAGAUUUUAUAUCAUCCAAGUGGUUUUUAGGAAUGCUUUGGAGAUUGGCUUUUUGGUGGGACAAUAUUUUCUCUAUGGGUUUAACGUUCCUGCAAUCUUUGAGUGUGAUAGGUAUCCUUGCGUCAAGGAGGUGGAGUUAGUGUCCAGGCCAACAGAAAAGACGGUAUUCUUGGUCUUUAUGUUUGCAGUCAGUGGCAUUUGUGUGGUUCUGAACCUGGCUGAGCUCAACCACCUGGGCUGGAGGAAGAUCAAGGCAGCCAUCAAAGGAGUGCAAGCCAAGAGAAAAUCAGUAGUCGAGAUUAGGAAGAAGGACCCUCCAUUUUUCAAUGUCCAAGGGAGGACCCAAUCCAAUGAAUCUGCAUAUGUCUGA